AUGACCCCCCAGGAGCAACGUAUGGACACUCUGCAACAGGAUCUUUGCCGCGUGAUUGUAGACCUGCUCGCGGGAAUCCUGGGGGAUCAUUCAUUCGGGAACCUAGUGAAACCGGUGCUUCGAUUUGAAACUCUCAUCCAGGACGGCGAGCAGGGAAUGCAGCGUCAAAUAUCCUGCACACCCAUGAUUUCGAAAAUCCUAGACUUAUCUAGCAUAAUUUCACAAAGCGAAAAUGACAGGCUGAGUGUGGAUAAUGCGAGGAAAGGAAACACCAUCGGGCAGCCAACACUAUCCACCUUUGGCACCCAAUCGGUAAUGGACGGCGUUGGCUGGCCUUCUAUCCGAGCGCAAAGGACACCACAUCAAGGGCUGCCGCAAUUAUCAACUGGGACUGGAGUCAAUGCCUCAUUUCGGAGAUGGGGGGUCUCAGCGCUGCGAUCAGAUAGGAAAACUGCGGAUGUGGAAGAAGAGCACCCGGAAAGUCAGCGGCACACGCAGUUUACUAACGGUUUUCCUCAUCCCGUAGAGAUUCAGUCAAACGUCGUCAUCAUCCCGCAGCAGUCCUCCAUUGACAGAUUCGUCGUCAACAUCUGGGAGCGGAUUCACGGCUGCAUGAGCUUGGAUUCCCAAGAUCUGCUUGAACAGUGGCAGCUCAUGGCAACGGCGGCAAAGUCGGGAAAGGGAAGCAUUGAUGCUGUCAAAAUUUACUUUCCCGAGCAGCUGGGAUUCGACCAGCUCCAGGCGUCGUCAGCAGAGGGCACGCUGUCUGAAACCGAGAUCGAAGGGAUUUUCAAUCGCGGCAACAUUUUUUGCCGGAAAAUCACGCAAAUCAGCCGCGCGUGCCGCCUGAUCGAGGUCAUUGUCCAAACGCGGUGGAUCGAGCACUUUGACUCGUACGUCGAGCUACUUGCCAUCACUAAACCCAGUAUGUCCCGCGCCAAACGCCGCAAAGCGACGCUCAUCAAGACAUGUAACGACUUUGGGUGGUCCGAGAAGAAGCUGCGAAACAGGAUGGCAAUCUGGCGCGGUUACAAGGACAUCAAGGACGCGGGAGGCUGGGCAGUGCUUGUCUUUUCCGGCGUGGGAUUCUACCGCUUCUGCAAAUACAGAGUUGGAUUUGACCCGGAUAGCAUGCAGCGACUCCGGUGCCUCCGGCCGCAGAUUGAGGUCGCCGCCGAUACGCUGCACCCCACAUGGCGGCAUCUACUCGUGAUUGUUGGUGAACGUACGCAGCGUCGCUUUUUCGGCCACCCACACGACUGGGUAGUCUACAGGGACGGUUCAGAUCCGGUAUCGCUCCGGUCAACAUGCCUCAAGUACAACCCUAACUUCAGCUUUGAGCAGCUUGAACACUCAGUCAUAGAUAUGAGCGCGUGGGGCACCGAUGACCCACGGUGGGUGCCGCCAGUGGACGCCGUGGCUUGUGUCCUAGGCGUACACACAUGUCAAUCGUGUGGGCGGGAACAGUCCGAAGACCCUAAGACCAACACGUGCUACUGCUUCCCGACGUUAUUUGGGUUCGGACGCCGGUUCCCCUGUCCGGUGCAAGUGUUCCGGACCUCUGACGGACGCAACAACAGCCUGAUGGCUCUGUGUCCGUUUGAGCGCGGUGCGGCGAUAGGAGAAUUUGUGGGCCUUAUCACGAGAGAUUUGCAAAACACGGACGUCAUGGAUAGCUCGACGGGUGGCCGAGCCUAUCAGAUCUGGCAGGGUCGGCAGGGCAACUUUACGAGGUUCAUCAAUCACAGUCGCCAGUCCAACGCGCAAUUCCAGCAAUUUGUGUGGAUGAGUACGCAGCGCAUCAUCCUAGUGAGUAAGGGCAUUGAAGCGGGGCACGAAAUCACGGUAGAGUAUUCUGAAGCUACUGGCGUGAUUCGGACAAAGGAUGUCUCUACAAAGAGUCAAAUUGCCGGGAGCAGAGUGCACCUCGGCGGGGAGAAAUGA